CCUUGGACGGGUGCAGCAGGCUUUUCGCGAUGCGAGUCCGUGCGCGCAUGUCCGGUUGGUGCGCACCUCACCCCAUCCGCGGCGGUGCACGCUCCAAAGUGAAGACAGUAGGGAAAAAAAUGUAAACUACAAUAUAUCACGUGAAGAGAGAGGUCCUCGAUUUAAAAGCUCUGAACUUAUAUCUUCUCACUCUCCUACGAAGGCGAGUCUUAAAGUUCCAUUAGAAUGGGCAGUCUUUCCUCAGACCCUGCAGAACGAUAGCAACCACAGGUCAUGGAGUGGUGUCCGCAGCUUCUCAACCGAUGAAUGCGGUGGAUUCCACUGGAGAUCGCCGAGAGAAUAGUCGCUUAUGUGGAGUUUGCUUUUCCACGCUAGCGGGACUCAAGUCGUCUUCACCGACCACCGCAGCGCGAGCAUCAUCUCCGCAACCCACGUUUCCUCUGGGCGGUGAGAGCACGAGGCCGCCGGCGAGCUUCAAACUGUCAGCGGUGAGAAGAUGAACAUCCAAGUGCUGCCAGACCAUUUGUCAUCCGUUGCCCCGCUAAAACCCUGCAAUGUCGAGAAGAAGGAUGUUGAACUGAUUUUGGUGAAGGAUCAGAAUGGGGUCCAAUAUACCAGUUCGGCCAUCAUUUCCACCCCCGGCCCGCACGUCCCCAACUGUAACGGCGAGGAUUUGGAGGAGAGGGAAACAUGGGGCAAAAAAAUUGACUUUCUCCUCUCGGUCAUUGGCUUUGCAGUGGACUUGGCCAACGUCUGGAGAUUCCCUUACCUCUGCUACAAAAAUGGAGGAGGUGCCUUUCUGAUCCCUUACAUUCUGUUCCUGGUGAUUGCCGGGAUGCCUCUGUUCUACAUGGAACUAGCCCUAGGACAGUACAACAGAGAAGGGGCGGCCACUGUCUGGAAGAUCUGCCCUGUUUUUAAAGGUGUGGGCUACACUGUGAUCAUCAUAGCGUUGUAUGUGGGGUUCUACUACAACGUCAUCAUAGCCUGGUCCCUACACUACUUGUUUUCUUCAAUGACCAGUGAGCUGCCCUGGCUCAAGUGCGGCAAUGUCUGGAACGAUGUCAACUGCACAAUCCCCAUAGUACAAAACAGGACCUUCCUGGGAAAUGGGACGUCUUAUGCCAAGUACAAAAUGACUCCAGCUGCACAGUACUAUGAGCGUGGUGUGCUCCAUCUCCAUGAGAGCAACGGGAUACAUGACCUGGGAGUGCCUCGCUGGGAGCUGGUCCUCUGUCUUGUGGCUGUGGUCUUCAUCCUCUACUUCAGUCUCUGGAAGGGGGUUAAGUCCUCAGGCAAGGUGGUGUACAUCACAGCCACCAUGCCCUACUUGGUGCUCUUUGUCCUGCUGAUCAGAGGCAUCACUCUUCCCGGGGCGAUGGAUGGCAUACGGGCCUACCUGCACAUCGACUUCAAAAAACUCAAUGAUCCCAAGGUGUGGAUUGAUGCUGCCACUCAGAUCUUCUACUCCCUGGGAGCCGGCUUUGGAGUGCUCAUUGCAUUUGCCAGCUAUAAUAAAUUUGACAACAACUGUUACAGAGAUGCUCUCUUGACCAGUACAGUGAACUGCGUUACCAGCUUCUUCUCAGGGUUCGCCAUCUUCUCUGUGCUCGGCUACAUGGCAAACAAACACAAUGUCAGGAUAGAGGAUGUAGCCACCGAAGGGCCAGGACUGGUGUUCAUCAUCUACCCUGAGGCCAUCUCUACACUCCCUGGAUCUACCUUCUGGGCCAUAGUCUUUUUCAUCAUGCUUCUGACUCUGGGUAUCGACAGCUCUAUGGGCGGUAUGGAGGCUGUCAUCACAGGACUUUCGGAUGACUUCAUGAUCCUGAAGAGAAACAGGAAGAUGUUCACCUUCGUCACUGCGUUCGGUACCUUUCUGAUUGCACUCACCUGCGUCACUAAUGGUGGUAUCUACGUGCUGACCUUGUUGGAUAAUUAUGCAGCGGGGACGUCUAUCUUGUUUGGGGUGCUAGUUGAGGCCAUUGGGGUGUCCUGGUUCUACGGGGUGGACCGCUUCAGUGAGGAUAUCGAGCGCAUGAUGGGCUUUAAGCCAGGUCUCUACUGGAGGCUGUGCUGGAAGUUUGUCAGCCCCACCUUUCUGCUGGUGGUGGUGAUUGCCAGCAUUGUCACCUCCAGCAGCCUGAAAUAUGAUAACUAUGAAUUCCCACCUUGGUCCAACAUAGUAGGCUGGGGUGUAGCUCUGUCCUCCAUGAUGUUUGUGCCUGCCUAUGCCAUCUAUAAGUUUCUCUCCAUGCCAGGGACAUUCAAACAGAGGAUUGCUUACUGCAUCACACCAGAACACGAACAUCAUCUGGUGGCAGAGGGUGCAACAAUCAGGCAGUUCACGCUCAAGCACUGGUUGGCUCUCUGACACUCUAUCACCCAACAUUUCUCACUACCCACAAUUUUGGGUUGUUGGAGCCAUGGUGUUCCAAUGGCAGGCAUUCCUGCUGCUAGGCCUGCUGCUACUGGAGGAAGGACAGGGAAAACGCCACGCUCCUCUCUGCCUCUCUUUGUUCUGUUGGUUCUGACCCACCUUCAUCCUGCCAUGUCUUACUACAUCUGCUCCUCCCCCCUUCACUCUGUCCAGUGACUGGCAUUUUCCAUCAACCUCAGUAGUCCAGAGUCAACUCAAGGUCCUCCACUUUUUGUGUAUUUUUAUAAUUUAUUUUUUUUUUUACUGUAUGACAUCAUCUUAAUUAUUUGCCAUUUUUUGUUUCAUACAACUAAUAAUAUGGAGACUUUCAAAGCAGAUAAACUACAGAUGUUUUGUGUCUACACUACAGGUGUUCUGAAAAUGAUGGAUAUUGUUUAUUUUUUAUGUGAGAUUAAUUUUGCUAUGACUUUUUUCUAAACGUGUGGUCUGUGUUCAUUGUCUACAGAAUUGGUUAGAAACUAAAACCAAUUCAAAAAGAUCAAAAUUGCUGUAGGCAGGGGAGGCAAACAAAUGACAGCAGUAAAUAAAAAAUAUUGAGUCUUCAAGCUUUAUGUGAGAAGUGAAAUAGAAGAAAUAUACUUGGCCCUUUUCUAUGUAUGGUUAAGUAGUUAGUAGUCAUUGUUAGGUCAACUCUAGAUAUCAUGCUUUCACUGUGUCCGUGUUUAUUGAGCUAGAACUUAUAAUUUCUUUCAUUGGUCCAUGUAGAAAUGUUAUACCUAAUGACUCAGGAAGCCUUAUCUGCAGAUCCGAGUUUUUGACUAAUAGAUAUUCUCUAUGGUUACAAUUAAAUGCUUUAUUGAGUACCUUCAUAGGUCAAAAGGUUUCUUUCCCUGUCCUCAUAUAAGAGUAUCCUUUUUUGUUCCAAAUAUAAUCUUUUUGGUUGAAGGUUGAGCCUUACUUGGAAUGGGUUUCUACUUUGAACCCAAAAGAGUUUUACUAGUAACCGAAAGGAUUCUACCUGCAACCAGAAAGGAUUAUUCAAAAAUGUUUCAUAUGUGGACAGCUGUAGAAUCCCCUUUAUAUACUAGAUAGUAUUUUUUUUCUAGAAGUGCAGUAACAGAUGUACAUGUUACAGGGAUAAGGUAAUCACAUCACACAAAAGUUAGUGUAAUCAGCCCAGAUUUAAUGUAAAACAUGAAGUCAGGUAAAAAAGAAAUGUAUCAGCUGAUUACAUUUAGGAUUACUUCUAUUAACAAGAUGUGGCCUGCAUUUGUUUGCCUCAAACACCAUGAAAAAGCAGAUCUUUAAAUGUACAGAGUCUCUCUGCUUGAAAGACACCUAUCACAGUGGAAAUCUCAAAAAUCUGCUUAGUUGCUUUCCAAUGGUUUUAAACCAGAAACUUAGUUAAGUUCCUAGUUUCAGUGAAAACUAUUGUACUAACUUGAAACAGUUAGUAUACUUGUAACUUGAAACAGUAUGUAUUUUUUCAACCUUUUGCACAAUUGAUAAUGUAACUCAUAAAAAUAAUCUGAAUUUUCUUUGGUCAUCUGUCCAUUGGAAUCUUUAUCAUACCAGACUGUUAAGGUAGCUAAAUGUGGGUCAGACAUUUAAGUGAGCCUUUUUUAUUUUUUUACAGACCACAAUAAAGUGGCUUGGUGGCUGGUAUUGUAGGGCUAUAAUAAAUUAAAGAAUGAGUGUUGGAAAAGCUUUCCCUGGAAUGCAUCUGUGAAGCUGAAUUUCUUCAAGACGAUACAUCAGGAAGUUUAACCAGUACUUGCACAAGGAUGCUACUGCAUUAGGUGGGCAGAACUGAUUGGUCUGCUACAUGAACUGAGGUAGCAGAUGCUGGCUAACAAAGGACGUAAUCCAAAAGUAAUCAGUGUUCUAACUCUUUGUACCAACUUAUAUAUUUUGCUUAGUGUCAGCAUAUUUUCUUCACAGAGACAUGAGUCAUGGAGAUUUUUUUUUUGGCCUUCACCGCUUGUGGAUAAACAGUAGUAGCUGAAUAUAAUGGUGAAGACCUAAAGGGAGGCAGUGAUUCAAUAGAAAUGUAUCCAGCACCUCAAGGUUGACUAACAGAAAUAGCCUACUUGUUUUAGUUUUGUAUCAAUAGGUAAGAUCUUAGUGUUUAAGGGACUGAAGUACAAAACAAAACAUAGGUCAAGAAAACAAUGGACAUGUAUUUACUUUUUAUAGGCUGUUUUUUUCUGUGUCAUAUGGCACCUUUCCAAUGCAUUUUGUGUUCCAUGUUUGUAAGGGAAAUCUGUAGCUUCUCCAAAGAGUUUCUGGGGUUGUGUUUCUGUGUGUGUUAAUGGCUAGUGAAUUUUCAGUUUGAAAUGUAUCAUUCAUUUCACAAUGAUUGUUAUGUUAAAUGCAUGAUGUUGUCAUUUGUUAAGUGUAUUUUGUCAAUUUGAUUUCAAGAAAAUUCACCACCAAGGAAGUGCCAAAAUGUUCCCUCCUUUUUAGAGGUGUUUCUGUAUUUCUUUCCUUAUUUUUUUCUGUUUCCCUUUAUUUAUUGAAAUGGAGUUUAAAUUGAAUUUUAUUGUGAAAGAACAUUUAUGGCAGGAAACAAGCCACACAUAAAAUUGAAUUGUGUGUUGAGUAUAAGAUAUGGAAACAUAUAUAAAUAUAUUCUUUUGUUAUAUAUCUAAACUUGUAUUUAUCAAAUUGUUUAUAAAGGAAACGUGAAUGUAAAGUAUUUUAAACGUAACUGUUUACUGUUACUGUUAUAUCAUGGUGUUUCAUGUAGGUAAAAUGAAUUUAUUUACAGAUGUAUUCUCCAGUUUAACCCGGGUAACUUUGCCAUCUGAAUGUAGACAAGUACAGCUCUGGCAUUACCUGAGCUAUGUUUACAGAAUACUGUGUACAAUACAAAAGUCCUGUUGAACGUAAGUGACAACUAUCUAUGAAGAAGUCAAAUUAUGCACCCUAUUAUAAUAAAGAGUUUCUUCUAUACACAGAUUUGGUACAUGUAGUGAUUUAUGGAAGAAUGUGAAACUACGAUUCUGUAAAUGCAAUUGAAUUUACAAUCCAUUGUGUAUUGUUGUAGGGGUAGACUGUACUGCAGAAGUAACAUCAAUGACUGGCGCUUAUAGAUAAUAGAGAACCAAGAAAUGGGAUGUUUUGAGCUCUCUGAUGUGGGAAAGUGUCGUCUUCUCCUGGGAGGAAGCAUCCACAUCCUCCCCAGACCACUUCCAAAGACCACUUCCAAAGACCACUUCCAGGCAAACCACCGUUCACUCUUUUCAUCUCUCUACUCUCUCCCCACUGAUUCAGGAAGAGAUUUAUUAUUGUACUUCAACAGAAAGAACACAUUGCUCCCUGUG